UCCAAAUCCUCUGUUUUAUCCCCCCUUCCAUUGCGGCCAUCUUCUUCGUUGGACCUCCCGCCGGCCGAGACAAAGAGUCCACUUCCCAAAUCGCCGUAAAGCAGACGGCAGAGCUUGACGACCAGACUCCGGCGUGACUCCAUCUCCAGCAUUAGGUAAGUGGAAAUAAAAAUGGAAGCUUUAGGAGGUUAAACCAGUCAACUUCUAUGGCAUUGGCUGGUAUCCGACCAAUGUGUUGGGAGAGAAGAAACUUGGAAAAAACCUCCUUUUGUGUUUGUUCCAGGCAUGGAGAGAGUUCAGGUAAUGUCUCGAAGAAGGUUCAUUUGCCCCCCAACAAGAACCUCCUUAAGGCUCGUCAACAAACAGUCAAACAUUACUCCAACAUCUCUCCUCUUCUUACUCCUGAGGAUAAGGCUCAGCUGUCACAAAACCAAACAGUUGGCAUGGUUGCUUCUGCUCAGGCCAAUUUCAUGCGUGUAAUUGUUCAGGCGAAUUCGUCUGAAACUCCUUCAGAUGAUCCGAAUGCUGGAGUUGAGCUGCUCUGUGUGGUGAGACAAGUGUUGAAGAAGAUUAAGAGGAGAGUGCUGGUUGGAGAUAAGGUGGUGGUUGGGGAAAUAGAUUGGGUGGAUCGAAGGGGAGUAAUUAAGGAUGUGUUUGAAAGGAUGACUGAAACUCUCAAUCCUCCGGUGGCUAAUGUUGAUCAUUUGCUGGUCUUGUUUUCUUUGGAGCAGCCAAAAGUCGAGCCCUUCUCGCUCACCAUGUUUAUGGUGGAAGCUGAGUCUGCUGGCAUACCUCUUACUUUGGCGCUGAAUAAGAUGGAGCUUGUCAGCGAGGAGACAUUGCUGAUGUGGAAAUCAAGGCUUCACAAUUGGGGUUAUGAACCAGUUUUCUGCAGUGUAGAAUCUAAACAUGGACUUGACACUCUUCAGUAUAUUUUGCGGGAAAAGACCUCGGUCAUUGUGGGUCCAAGCGGUGUUGGAAAAUCUAGUCUGAUCAAUGCUUUGAGGAGCAGCAAGCAUGUCUCUCCAGACUCCGAGAAUUGGUUUGAUUCUAUUAUUGGCAGUAAGUGGUCUGAAGAUCAGCGUGUUGGGGAAGUAUCAACUAGAAGUGGCAGAGGAAAGCACACCACUCGUCAUGUUUCCUUGCUUCCACUAAGUGGAGGUGGCUAUCUUGCUGAUACUCCUGGAUUUAAUCAGCCUAGUUUAAUGAAAGUCACAAAGCAAUCUCUAGCACAACAUUUUCCCGAGAUACAAAGAAUGAUCAAUGAAAGUGAGCGUACACAUUGCUCGUUCAACAAUUGUCUGCAUCUUGGUGAACCAGGUUGCAUAGUUCAAGGGGAUUGGGAAAGGUAUCCAUACUAUUUGCAAUUACUUGAUGAGAUUAAAACUAGGGAAGAAGUCCAGUUGAGGACAGUUGGAACUAAAAGAGAAGGAGAUAUGAGAUAUAAAGUGGGCAAUAUGGGUGCGAAGAAGGAAGAACCAAGGUUGGACCCGAAGAAGUAUAGGAGACAAUCUCGAAAGAAAACCAAUCAGUCAUUACUAGAUGGAUUGGAUGAUUUUGAUAAUGAUUCCACAUCAGAUGAUGAUGAGGAUCCUAUAAUAAGUGCAAUGAAGUAUGAGAAUGAUCAGUAGAUAAAAUGUUGCAUUAGGAUUGUAAAUAAUAAUCCCCUAAAGUGCAAGUGCAGGAGAAAAUCAAACCAAUAGUGCUGUCAAAUCGAACAUGAUAUUUGUAAGUCUAUUCACGAACAUAACUCGUGACCCUUGAUCUCUUAGACUAUUGUCAUUUUGAACUUCGGUGGUUCUGAUAUUAAGAAAAUGUUAUAAUUACACACAAUUAUGACAUCAUUUUUCUGGUUAAGAACCCUUUCAGUUUUGUAAAAAUGUAGAUAGAUUAGGUCAAAAGCAAUGGAAAUGAAAUGAUCUUUUGUCAUUUGUUGCAAUAAAAUGAUUAAACCAAUGU